CCAUUGGUAGCUAUGCAGACAAGCUUAUCCCAGACCUAUUGGGUAUGGUGCAUUAUGGGAAGAUAUACGCGCCUGAUAGAAACCCCUGCUAGAAGAGCCGACAUUCAGGCACAGGCACAGACAGGAUACUCUUGAGUGGAACAGCAAACAGGCGGGUUGUUGGUUGGACUGAUUUUGGUUAGCGUCUAGCAAGACAUUUUCGGAUCCUUUAGUAUCUGAUACUACUCCUUCAACAAAUCAACAACAAGAUGUCGGACAGGAAGGCUGUAAUCAAAAAUGCGGACAUGUCAGAGGAGAUGCAGCAGGAUGCUGUGGACUGCGCGACACAAGCGUUAGAAAAGUACAACAUCGAAAAGGAUAUCGCUGCGUACAUCAAGAAAGAAUUCGACAAGAAGUACAAUCCUACAUGGCAUUGCAUUGUCGGAAGGAAUUUCGGCAGCUACGUCACUCAUGAGACAAGGCAUUUCAUUUACUUCUACUUGGGCCAGGUGGCCAUCCUACUCUUCAAGAGCGGCUAAGCACUUACCUGUUUCCAAAUAGAAUUCUUAAUUUCUGUUUUCAUACGAAUCAAAAUAUUCCAUUUGUUUAUAUGUUAAAUGUUAUGAUGAUUUGAACAAAAUUUCAUCCUCUGUGUUGUAUUCAUAAUAUACUUAAUGCACUACCCUAUGUAUUCCCAGUGUAAUCGUAGUUGCGAUGGCUAUUCUAUUUCGUGUACCCUUCUGCUGAUUUCUUCUUAAUAUAGAACAUGUAACCCAAUGUAAUACCUACUCUAUCAUACUCCCACAGCUAUCCCCAACUCUUCAAGCAUGUUUGUUCAAUGUGUGACUACAAUGAUAAAUUGCAUUGUAGGACGUAGAUGUAUCUAUCCGAAUUAAAUGUCUCAAAAUCGCAGUAUAUCCUUCUCAGCAAUGUUGUGUGUUCACUUCCUGUUGAAGUGUUCUAUCAUGUGUAUGUAAUUUCAUCAGUGCUAUCUGUCUCUCCAGCAGUAGAUUAUUAGUAACAAUUGACCUGAUAAUUAUAACCUAUAUUUUUCAACUUAUUGGAAUAUUUAAUAUUCUCAUAAUAGCUGAGUUUCAUUGAAACUUUUAUUUAUUAUGUAUUCAUUUAUCUAUAAACUGUUCAUUUCUUUGGGUUUCCUUGUGUAGACUCACAUUUUAUUUCACAGUUAUAAUAAUUAUUUGAAUUCCAAAUCCAAUGUAAGAAAUUGAUGUGUUUCAUGUGAAAUGUCUCUGUUAAUCAACGAACUACAGGGUGAUAAAAAAGCUCCUCCGCAGUGAACUAUAAACUAAAAAAAACACUCCAUUACUCAAAAACAAGUAUUUAUAACAAUAACAAGGUGUUAAUCUACCAAACUUGCGUGUACAUUCAUUACAGUAGAGGGGGGAAGAAGUUGGAGUAAAUAGUCUAACGAGUUUCUAAACAGAACACAAUCUUCAGCUAAAACUGAACGCAGGUACUGCGGAGAGACUUUUUGAUUGCCCGGUAUUUUAUCUUAUCCAAUAUUUUAAUUUGAAUUAUAGUAUAUUAUUUGAACGCCUCCAACUCAUAUCGCCCAAAAAUGUUAUUUAUAUGAUUUAUUUAAUAAAUUACAUAGUGAAUGAAUAUACUGUAUGAAACCAGCUGGUAGGUUUUGGGACUUAAGGGGACUGUUAUGCCAUUGAUAUAUAAUAUCACUGUUAUUCACUCAAAUAUAAUAUAGCUUAUAUUGUUUCUGCGAUUCAAUAAUCAAAUUAUUUCAAUAGAUUUGUAAUAUUUUGGAAAGAUCAGCGUGAACGUUUAACGUUUUUCAUUAGAGCAGAAACCUUUCAUCUGUAUUGUGUCUUGAAAUAUUUAUUUACUAUUUAUACUUUUAUUCAUGAAUUAAUGCAUCACAUAUUUGAAUGAAGCGUCCUGAACAGUAUUAGGUUUUAAUUGCUUGUAACAUAACAUUUAACAAGACUUAUUUUUUGAUUCGUAUUGAAAUUAAUAAUCUCUACUUAUCUGUUAUUUUAUUAGAAUCUUUGCAUAGAUUUCAUAUUUUUGUUGAUUUUGCCCUGGUCCUAGGAAUUUUAGUCCUGUUGAGUUUAGCUGAGUUGAUCUCCUUGUAAUACCAUAUGACCAAGCAUUUAUUUCUCAUUAACUAGAAACUAUUUUGAAUAGAGAUGAUUCGACCAGAUUUCACAUGCAUGGCUACUUCAAAAUCUUAAUUACUGUUGAUGUUGGGAACUCUUAUCCUAGGUAGAAAGCGGGAAAUUUUUUCUUUCAAAUCCAAGCCAAAAAAUCAAAAAAUUCCAAGCUUUCUAACUUCAAAAACAUCUUCAAGAACAGGGGACUACAGCCUAGGAUACAGAUGCCCAGCCUUUACAGUGUCAUUUUGAAGUAGCCUAUCAGAGCCAGUGCAGGUGAAUUAUCCUGUCAAAUCAGAUCAAUUCAAAAUAAUGUUCAAUAUGAAUCUUGAUUAUUUGUAAACUAAUUCUCGACUAUUUGUUAUUGACUUGUUUCUGUUAUUAGCAUCUUAUCUGAACUUAAUACAAACUCCAGUUAUUUUUUUAUUACUUUUUGAAAUAGCAAAAUAAGAUUAAUCUCAGAAGUAACAGACUUGUGUAUUCACACUAUAAAUGCUAAAAAAUUGAUUGAAUAAUAUUAUCGCUUCACUAUUAUUAUAAAUGGUUUAUAAUUUGAUUUAACAGUAACAUCAUGACCAUCUAUGAAACUUUUCUGUUACCAUAUCUUUUUAUAACAUGAAAUGGAAUUCAAGUUUCCUAAUCCCACUAGCGAGCGGUAGGUUGAAUCCAAAUCAACGAGUUAUAAUUUGAUUGAAAAUUAAGGUGGAUUAAUUGAAUGUUUAUUUUAUGUGAAGGGCAUGGUUGAAGAAAGUACAGGUGAGAACUGUUUGUCUGAACAGUUCUAUUGUUGCGACUUUUGAAGGCGCGGUUUAUUUUUGUUGUAGGAUAUGAGAAAGAUUUUUUAUUGAUAGUUUAUAUAAAUGUUAUCGGUAGUCUCUUCUAGAAUAAGAAUUUUCUUUAAGUAACUUUGUGUAGCAUUGUGGAUCAACUGCUUCAAAUAACAAUUUUUAUUUGGAAAAUUCACUUGAACUAUUCGAAUAUAAUUUCAGUUUAGAACGAUGAAAUGAACUAGAUAUUGUCAUCAGUUUACAUUGAAACCUCUGGUAUCAUUCAUGUUUCUCCUAUUAAAGUAUAUUAGCCUCAAGUUUAGAAAUAUCGAUGUAUUAGUAUUAGACCUAUUCCCAUUAAAUUACUGAGUAAUCUCUAUUAUUGUUUUUCAAGAAAUUUCAGUUAAUAUAAGCAGCAGAGUUAUAACAGUGAAUUAAUUGAUUCAAUCCAACUUUUCUAAGUUUUGUUAUGAUAUUUAUUUAGUUUGGUACUAAAAAUGUAUUAUGAAAUUUCAAAUAUAUCUUGGAAAGAUUGCUUGAACUAUUUGAUGAGAUUUUUAUUUAUCUAGAAUUCACUUUAACGAAAUGAAAUUAAUUAUUAAAUGGUAUUAUUUUCGAAAUAUUGUAAACCAAAAGGUUCAUUUUAUGUGCACAUUUGAUGAGGAGGUCUUUUCAAAAUCUUUAGUUCUUUCUAGAAAUUAGUUUAUUUAUUUAUACAUUGAUGCAUACAAUACACUAUCAUUCUCAAUAAUAAAUUAUGAAUUAUUGACCAAAAACUACAUAGAGUCCAUAUUUUGAUUUUAAAUACUACAAAACCAGACUAAUAUUCACAAAAAUAUUUUGUCUCAACACAAGAAUAUUUUUACACUCAGUAGAUUUCACAAAUAUCUGAUCUUAUUUUGUAAUAAUGUCUAGUUUUAUCAAAUACAGUACUGGGUAAAAUUAAUUUUAACUUAGCUUUGGUUGUGGACAUGAAUUGGCUAAAAAUUAAUUGGUCCGUGUAAUUUUCAAACUACAUAAUCAGUCACACACUAAUAUUCUUGCAUUCCCUAAUCAAUUAAUGUACUACAUGUAGAUGGCAUAAUCUCGACAUUCUUUAAAUAAAAAAUGUGUGCUCAUCUAAUUAAUUGUGUAACUGUUCAUAAUAAGUAAACAUAUAUGUAAUAUUAUAGAAUUAGUGCAUAAGAAAAGCAUUGAGGAAUUCAUUUCAAAUUUGUAUUUGAAGUUCAGUUGGCCGAAAAUGAUUACCUGCCAUAUUUAAUUAUAUUAUUAGAUAUUUAAUUGUGUUCAAAUUUAGUUAUCUGCUGUAUCAUUUAUGUUAGAAACUGCUCUGUAUUAGGAAUUCAAAAGUUCCUAUUUUCAUCUUUGAAUUGUGUAAAAUAUGAGAAUGUUUUCUUCAUAUUACUUUACUACGAUAUUAUGAUAUUACUUUUACAGAGUUGUGACUUGAAGAUUUUAUUUUUCUGGAAGUGGGUUGGUAGGUUUUCGAUCCCUAAUGUCUAAUCAGAACCAAAUCUUGAUCUUUUGAAGAUUUAAGUUGUGAGAUCUCUUAGUUUCUCAACUGUAUCUUUAAGUUUGUUCCAUUCAUUAUUUAAAUUUAUUUCCAUUUAAGGGACUGCUGGAUAUCUGUACUGAAUUUGAUGUAUUCAUGAUGUUUGUAACUUUUACAUUUAAAAAUAAAUUUGUCUCAUAUCAUAAA